CGUAGGAGCGGCAUUUCGUCUCGCGACGGCGUACAGUUCGCAUCGAUCGUAGCUUUCGUUGAGAAUAUCAGAGAUUCGUGACAGAUUCGAAUUGCGCAUUCUCAUUCUAUCUUGUCUCUUAAGAAAACAGGAUAUAAAAGAAGAAUAAGAAGAAGUUAAAGAAGAAGAAGAGGAAAAGAAGAAAAAAAGUGGAUGAAAAAGGAUCAUAACAUUUGAUAAUUGACUAAUACUAUUUUGGUGACGUCAAAGAAAAUCCUCAUUAAAAAGACAUCAUUCAAAUAAAGAAAUAUCCUAUAAAAGAAGAAUAAAUAGAAGAAGAAAGAGAAAAAGGAUUAGAAGGAGAAGAAGAAAGGAAAAUAUUAGAGUGAUCAUGUUGAAGAAAUUAUUGAGCAAAUCUGGACGUAGAAUUUUACGGGCGAUCAAGAAGCUGUCAACGAGGAGUCGGAAGUUGAAAAGGUCGCAGCAGUCCAAUUGUGGUGGUGGUUGGCAAUCGACCCUCGGACCGGAUCUAGAUGCCGUGUCCCUUUCGUUGUCCCUACCGUCCCUGGACGCGAAAAGUAUCGACACCUACAUGACCUACGUCAUUGAGAACAUCGAUGAUUGUGAUUCUAAAUGUUGUCACUGUUGUGACGAAUACGAAGAGAAUCAAAGGAAUGAGAACAUUGAAAAUGAAAUGACGAUCUAACGUUUACUUCGAUAGAUCAUUCUUUUGUAAUAUUUAUUUCUCUCUCUCUUUCUCUCUCUCUCUCUCUGUCUCUCUCUCACUCUUUCUCUCUUUCUGUCUCUCUUUCUCUAUCACAAUCUCUAUCUCUUAUAUUUAUUAUUUAUUCCACGUUCCUAAUAAACUAGCAAUAAAGAGAUUAUCGGGAUUAGAGAGGGACAGAGAGAGAGGGAGAUAGAGAGAGAGAGGGAGAUAGAGAGAUAGAGAAAUAGGAAGAAAAAGAGAAGAAAGUUUAAAAGAUAAAUGAUGAAUGAAAGACCAAAGAAAUAGAUUUUAUUUAUAAUCAAGCAUUACUGUUCGGUCUUCCGAAAGAAUAUUUAUGAAAGAAAUCUCAGUAAAUUCAUCGGAUUUAUUAUUUUGAUCUCGUUUAGCCUAAUUCCAUAUCUCGUAUAUGUAUGUAUAUACGUAUGUAUGCAAUUCCUAGCACGAACUGUUAGAAUAGCUUUGUAUCAAUUUUUGUUUUUUUCUUUUCACCGCCUCUGCCCCUCCCUUCCCCCUAUCACGCUCCUUUUUUCGUUUUAUUUCGUUUCAUCCGUUUUUUUUCUUCUUUUAUUUUUUUUUUCCUCGCAACGAAAGAAAGACGAUUUCUAUCGCGUUGCUAUUAUUUAAAGGUAUUCAUAUCGUGCAGCAAUACCUAAUAUAGUACAAACGCAUAUCGGAUAUGCCUAUGUGCAAGAAACUAGAAUAGAAUGGAAUAGAAUAGAAUAGUAAUGUAGUAAUGUAGUUUAUAAGUUGGCCGAUUCGAUUCACAUCCAAGGUAAUUUCACAUAAAAUUUCUUAUUGCGAUAAAUAUGUUCGUCGAUAAAUAUUGAUACGAUCGAUGGAUUAGAACGAGUUGAUUGUAAUUUAAGAAAAAAAAAAAAAAGAAAAAAAGAGAGGAUAGUAUAAAGUUUGUGUUAAAAAGGUUUCUCUAAAACUUAAGAAACGUGUCUCUUAUUGUCCAUCCAAAAUUCACAAGAAAAGAAUAUAUAUAUAUUUAUUCUUCCUACAAUUACAUUAUUGUAAAUAAAUAAAUAAAGGAAGGAAAGAAAGAAAGAAAGGAAGA